GUAUGAAAACGUUUUCCCCAUCAGAUCUGUGCAUUGAACAAGACUAAAUUAUACCUAAAGAGCAUAAAGCAAUAAUCAGUUCAAUAUGAGUCGAAGGCGGGAGAGAUCAAGGUCGCCUGUGGAUAGAAGAGAACGAGGAAGACGUGAAAAUGUCCGCCAUGAAAGACAUAACAAAAAUGUGUCCCAUGACAAAUAUAGAGAUAAGCAAAACAGAAGCACUCUAGAAGGCAAAGAAAGAUGGGAUGAUGAUAGUCAUCAUUCAAGACAAGAUUAUGAUGAGGAUAGACAUAGAAGUCCUGAAAGGAGAGUUCAUAGAAGUCGAGGAGUGAGAAAUGAUGAAAAAAGAUCCAAGAAUACACAUGACAAUGAACCAAUGGAGGGAAGGCGAAGAGAAGGGUCAAGAGAAUUUAGACAAGAAAUGGUAAAAAUAUGUUUUCACCCCACUGAGUGA